UCUCUCAUUCUCUCGUUAACUUGAAGCAGGGAGGGAACGGGGUGUAACGCUUGUUUCUUUUAUAGCCUGCAGUUCUAAAAAAAUAGUAGUAAAUAGUUUGUGAUACAGGUUUCAAACACCCAACCCUAAAACGCAUCGACGCCACCUCCCCAUCGACGCAGCUUCUUCUACCCUCUCCAUCACCGGUCUCCGGCGCUUCUCCUUCCUUCGCCGGAAUUGCUGUCCCAUCGAAGUCUUCAUUCUGCCUUCGUCGGAUUUUCCUUCUCUAUCAUCAGAUUGUGUAACAGAAGAAGCAAAUCUCAAAUGGACAAAAGUAUGCUCGGAGAUCUGGGGAAUCUUCCAGCGGAGGAUCAGGCUCGAAUGGCCACCAUGAUCGACCAGCUUCAAAUCCGUGACAGUUUGAGAAUGUAUAACACGCUUGUGGAGAGAUGCUUUACAGAUUGUGUGGAUACAUUCAGACGCAAGACAUUAGAUAAGCAAGAGGAGACAUGUGUGAGGAGAUGUGCUGAGAAGUUCUUGAAGCAUUCCAUGCGUGUUGGAUUGAGAUUUGCAGAACUCAACCAAGGUGCAGCUACACCAGAUUAAUCCUCCAUAGCAUCUAUGGACCUCACUUCACUUUUGUAGUCUAAUAGAGUUGCUUUAGUCUUUCAAGUAAACACCAUAAAACAUAUAGACUGAGUUUCAUAAACUUCUUUCCAUUAACAAUUGCUUUUCUCCAA